UACUUUUACACCUUCAUGCUUGUUUUGUAAGCUACAAAUUACAUCACAUUCAUCAACCCUAGGAUGGAACAUGGACCUUCCCAACACUCUUUUAAUUCCCUUGAUAUGGAAAAAGGUAAAAGGUAUAUAAACAUAUAUAGCAUCAUUAAAGCACACCAAUAACUUUCUCUCAUUCAUGCACUCUCACUACCUAAGAAAAUGGUAUAUAAGAUCACAUAAGCUUACACUUGAGAGAGUCUUCAAUGUUGAGAGGCUUUGAGCUUAGAUUUCUGCGUCUCUAAUCGAUCGGUCGAGCAUGUCGGAGUCCUCUCAUCGAAAACGUCCGCGAGCGAUGACGAGAACGACGAGCAAAGGAGAGAUCACGCACGAGGUUCAAACUGAGAAUCAUGAUGAAAGUAGAAGGGCAAAGAUAAGCAGUGAUGCCUCGACUUGUAUCGAAUCGAAGUCCAUAAAAGAAGAUGGUGAGAAGGUUGGAGAGCUUUCGCAACCGCUCGAUUUCCUGCACUCUUGCGGAGCGUGUGGGCGCCCCCUCGGAUUAGAACGCGAUAUCUACAUUUACAGAGGUGAGAGUGCUUUUUGUAGCGCCGAAUGCCGAGAGCGACAUAUGCGAUACGAUCUUACAAAGAGAAACUCUUCAUUGCAUCAACGAGAGUAGAAACUUGGAUUUGUCACAUUGUAAAUAUUCAUGUAAAAAUGUAUUAAGAUUGUGAUUAUGUAGCCCCUUUUAUGUACCUUUUUAAAUAGAAGUUAGUCCUGAUGUUUUCACGAUAAAUUACGCUACUCUAUAAAUUUUAAGUUGAGUUUU